AUGGGCAAGAAAGCGAUCCAUUUUGGCGGCGGCAACAUCGGCCGUGGCUUUGUGGCGGAGUUUCUUCACACGGCCGGCUAUGAAGUCGUCUUCAUCGAUGUGAUGGACAACAUCAUUUCCGCCUUGCAAUCCACUAAGUCUUACCAAGUCACUGAGGUCAGUGAGGAGGGGGAAAACACCAAGACUAUUACCAACUACCGCGCCAUCAACUCCAAGACCCAUGAAGAAGAUGUGGUUCAGGAAAUCUCCACUGCCGACGUUGUCACCUGCGCCGUGGGCCCCAACAUCCUCAAGUUCAUUGCGCCAGUCAUCGCCAAGGGUAUUGAUAUCCGAUCCACCCCUAAGCCACUGGCUGUCAUUGCCUGUGAGAACAUGAUCGGUGGCACCGACGCCCUGCACGGCUAUAUCAAGGACAACACUGACCCGGCCCGAGUCGAGUCUCUCGGCGAGCGAGCCCAGUUUGCCAACUCGGCGAUUGACCGCAUCGUGCCCGCCCAGCCCGCCGACGCGGGACUCAAUGUGCGCAUUGAGAAGUUUUACGAAUGGGUCGUUGAGAAGACUCCCUUUGGCGAUGUGGGACACCCCGAGAUCGCCGCGAUUCAUUGGGUCGACGAUCUCGAGCCCUACAUAGAGCGCAAGCUGUUCACCGUCAACACUGGUCAUGCGACCGCCGCUUACUACGGGAAAUAUGCCGGAAAGAAGACUAUCGCCGAGGCGAUGCGUGAUUCUUACAUUAAGGGUGUUGUCCGGGAUGUCCUGAACGAGACGGCCUCGCUCAUUGUUGACAAGCAUGAAAUCACUGCCUCGGAACAGCAGCACUACGUUGAAACUAUCAUCAACCGGAUUUCCAACCCCUACUUAGAAGAUAGCGUCGAGCGUGUUGGUCGGGCCCCGAUGCGCAAGCUGGGUCGCAAGGAACGAUUCAUUGGACCUGCCGCGCAAUUGGCGGACCGUCAUGCACGUUUCGAGGCAUUGCUGGGAUCAGUGGAGAUGGCGCUACGCUUCCAGAACAUCGAGGGUGAUGACGAGAGUGUGGAACUAGCCAAGAUCCUCAAGGAGAACUCCCCGAGUGAUGCCGCUGUUCAACUGACAGGCUUGGAGCGGGAGCACCCUCUAUUCCAGCCUGUGGUGAAGGUGAUCGACCGGGUGCAGUCCGAGGCAAAGGCUCCGGGUCAGCCCCGCAUCUAA